AUGUCGGCCGACGCCAAGUGUCCGUUGAGCAUCGUGGACAUGCUGCUCAACGAUACGUCGACGCUGGACGACUUCGACAAGCCGGCUCCAGACGACGACACCGACAGAGCAUUGAACUGGGACCUGGAGAACGACAAUUUCCUUGACUCUCUGUUAAAAAUGGAAAAUGACUCAACACCGUUCGAGUUUUUAUCCAGCAAUGAUGACUUCAUGUCGAGUGCGGCCACCACGCCGAGAUCCUACGACAACGCCGAGAGCAGUUCAUGUUCAGACAGUGGACUUUCAUCUGUGGAUAAUAUGCCAUUCAAUCCAAUAUCAGAAUCUACUCAGUCUGAUGAUGUCAAACCUAAAAUGGAAUUUGCAUAUGAUUCUUUUGUCAAAGAGGAAAUAAUAGAUAUUGAUGAUGAAGAAGAAAUUGAUGAUGAUAAUAAACAUGUAAAAUAUGAAGAACUUGACCAUAAAGAUGAUAAUAGUUUAGAAGAAAAACCUAUUAUUCAACAACCACAAUUAUUGAAAACUACACCUCGCACAGUAGUGAUAUCACCAAAACAGUCUAAAGGGCCAAUUGCUAUUUCUAAACAUUUGUCAAAACCUGUUUUUAUACCAAUAAAUUUAUCUAAUGUCAAAACAAUUAAGGUGGUUAAUCAGAAUGGUAAAACAAUCAAUGCUGAUGCAUUCAGACGAUUACAGUCCAUAAACAAUGGAAGAAGAAUAUUUGUGAGGAAUAAUGGUUCUAUGGUCUCAAAAUCCAUGCCCGCAUUAAAACAGACCAAAAUUGUAAUGUCUGACUGCACAAGUGAUGAGUCCGAUUCUAUGUAUCCACGGCUUCAUUUAUCAAAUGAAGAAAGAAAAUUAAUGGAGAAAGAAGGAAUUAAAUUGCCGUCACAUUAUCCUCUUACAAAGCACGAAGAAAGAGAUUUGAAGCGAAUUCGUCGUAAAAUAAGAAAUAAAAUUUCUGCACAAGAUUCAAGAAAACGAAAGAAGGAAUAUGUUGACGGUCUUGAAGAAAGAGUUAAACAGUGCUCUGAUGACAAUAGUAAGCUUAUAAGAAAUGUACGCUCACUUCAGACUGAAAAUGAACGAUUAAGAGCAGCUUUAAAACGUUUACAAAAUGCUAUCACUCCAGGCGGUACAACAGCACAACCUGCCACAUGUCUAUUGGUUCUUAUGAUGUCAUUAGCUUUAAUAGCAGCACCUAAUUUGAGGCCUACAGUAACUGAUGAAAAAGAUAUAAUGUCUAUAGAAGGUCAGGAGUCUAAUACAGCUGUUCCAGGUCGAUCGAGAAACUUGUUAUUCUCCAAAUCAGGAUCACCCUUGAGCACCAGUAAUUUAAAGGAUAUGCUAAAGAUGGUCGCCAAUGGAUCAGCUGAUGGCCAAAGUGAUACCAUUAUGGCUGAACUUGGCGAACUGUUGGAUUUCAAUAAAAGCAACAAUAAAGAUCAUGAUUAUUCCAGAACAGCAAUGGAAGAUUAUUAUAUACCCGAGUCCGAUGAUGGUUGGACCAAAGCUACAAAACGCUCUGCUCCAUCUGAGUGGAACAAUGAAUUAGUAACACCAGAUGUUAAGAAUAAACGAGAUACAGAGCGUGUGAUUCUUGUGUCUAGUGAUGAGGAAUCUUAUUAAAUGAGAAAAGAAAUUGUAUUGGUGAGCGCAACAAGAGUUCUUUACUUUAUGUCACUGCUGUACCACUGAUUGCUCUCUAGUGGCAUAACAAUAUCUCGAUUCCAUUUUUAUUUUGUUUUUUUGAAGGUAUAAUUUACCUUAAGGCUCUUCUGUAAAAUUUACUUUUAGAUAAUUUUUAUUUAUAAACCAUACAAAUGCUUUUUAACUAUUGUUUGACAUUUAAUUAUUAUAUAUUUAGUAUUAGGACUAUCAACUAGGUAAUGGGACACAUAAACAAUACUAGUUAAUUUUAUUAUUAUAAGGAAUGUGAUUUUAAAUGUUGGUUUGUGUAAUUCUUUUUUUUUCUUAAAAAUAUAUUGUAUUAUCUUUUGUUGCGUGAAUCAAAUUUGAAUU